AGUAACUGAAUCUUCGAGUCAUAAUAUAUUUGUUCUUGGCAUAUCAGUUCAGUUUUAUGCGUAUAUACCUGUUGGUAAGUUAAACAAAUUUUCGUACAGGGAAAUCAACCCUUUGUUGCUGUCCAUCAACUAAUUAGUAGCAAGUACCCCCCAAAAAAUUGGGCCUAUCAGCCACUUUGCGUGGUCGUAAAUUGUUUGCCAAUUGUAAUGAAUAGCCAUUGUGUAGAACAUUUAGUUGGCAAAAAAUGGACAUGUCACGAAUUCCGUUGAACUCGUUGAACUUGUAUGUAAAUGACCUUGACCACCCGUAACCCUCCCCCUCGCUUAAGGUUAAUUAAAUAUUUGCUACUAUUGAUAUUGGUCUAUUAAGAGUGCGAAGGUGUGUGUCAGCGCUUUAACGAUUUUGAUAUAUGAUAUAUCAGUCGUGUCUCGAGUUGACACAAAGGUAAUCAUCAUCAUCAGCCGGCGAAGACUUCCGUUGUCAGUUGGCGGAAAAUACGCGAGCCGAGCGGACGUUCCACCUCCAGCGAAAUUUAAAUAAGCCAUAUUAAACGGUCUUAUCAAUGGCCUUUAAGUUGUGGGAGCGCUUUUCCCAGGCGGACAAUGUGUUCCAGGCACUUCGACCACUAACAUUCAUAUCGCUAUUGGGCCUGGCUCCAUUUCGUUUGAAUUUGAAUCCACGCAAGGAGGUGCAAACAUCGAAGUUCUCCUUCUUCGCCGGCAUAGUGCACUUCCUGUUCUUCGUCCUGUGUUUUGGUAUCUCCGUGAUGGAGGGAGAUUCCAUAAUAGGCUACUUCUUCCAGACCAAUAUCACGAGAUUCAGCGAUGGAACCCUACGCCUCACUGGCAUCCUGGCCAUGUCCACUAUUUUCGGAUUUGCCAUGUUCAAGAGACAACGUUUGGUCAGCAUAAUACAGAACAACAUAGUGGUGGACGAGAUAUUUGUGAGGCUGGGCAUGAAGUUGGACUACCGCAGGAUACUGUUGUCCAGCUUUCUCAUAUCCUUGGGCAUGCUGCUGUUCAACGUCAUUUACUUGUGUGUGAGCUAUAGCCUGCUGGUCAGUGCCACCAUAUCGCCCUCAUUUGUGACUUUCACAACCUUCGCCCUGCCGCACAUCAAUAUCAGCCUGAUGGUCUUCAAGUUUCUUUGCACCACGGACUUGGCCAGGAGCCGGUUUAGUAUGUUAAACGAAAUCCUGCAGGAUAUUUUGGAUGCCCAUAUUGAGCAAUUAAGCGCCUUGGAACUCUCACCCAUGCACUCGGUUGUCAAUCACAGACGCUACUCACAUCGCCUGCGAAAUUUAAUCAGCACGCCAAUGAAGCGGUACAGUGUUACCUCCGUAAUACGCCUCAAUCCGGAAUACGCAAUCAAACAGGUGUCGAACAUUCACAAUCUGCUCUGCGACAUUUGCCAGACCAUAGAGGAAUACUUCACAUAUCCGCUGCUGGGAAUCAUAGCCAUAUCCUUCCUAUUCAUUCUCUUUGAUGACUUUUACAUUUUGGAGGCCAUUCUGAAUCCCAAACGAUUGGAUGUCUUUGAGGCCGAUGAGUUCUUUGCCUUCUUCCUAAUGCAGCUCAUCUGGUAUAUAGUGAUCAUCGUGCUGAUCGUGGAGGGCAGCAGUCGGACUAUUUUGCAUAGCAGCUAUACGGCAGCUAUAGUUCACAAGAUCCUCAAUAUCACCGAUGAUCCAGAGCUCAGAGAUCGCCUUUUUCGAUUGUCCUUGCAACUAUCGCAUCGAAAGGUCCUUUUCACAGCCGCAGGACUUUUUCGUCUGGAUCGCACACUGAUUUUUACGAUUACUGGUGCUGCCACUUGCUACCUCAUUAUCCUCAUCCAGUUUCGAUUCACGCAUCACAUGGACGACACCAGCUCCAAUUCAACAAAUCAUUUACAUUCCAUUCAUCUCGGCGAUUGAUUAAAAUUAUUUAUGCACAUUAAUCAAUUCAAUUUUAACCUAAAGUGUCCUUACGUACAAAUGAUAAAUAAAUUAAAGUUUUCCAGCUCGCAGUAAAAUCAA